CGGCCUCGCGGCUUGGGGAGGUGUUGCCGCCUGCCCCUGCCCGCUGAGGCGGCGGCUGGGCCCCCCCCGGCUCCCCGGGGCUUCGCUCUGAUGAGCGGCCCGUGAUCCGAGAGGCACCUGCUUUUCUGCUGGGGGAGGUGGCGUGGGAAGCUUGGAACGAGCAGAGCCGGCCGGGACAGCUCGGAACCUGAACUCUCUUAAAAUUGCAGCUUCUCAAAACAAAGUGCCGUGUUGCAAGAGGGCCCCCGCACACCAGCGGAAAAACCAGUCUUGAGUGUACCUGUAGACACACGUAACAUGUCCGCCAUUCGUGCUGUACAUUUUAUGGAGCAAGCAGAUAGCUUUCAGCAACAUUUGUAAUCGUACUUUGCAAAUCUCGCCUCUUCCUGUUACCAUCUGCUCAGUCAGGUUGCUCUAAGGCCUGAAAAGUUGUCUGAAACAACACCAGGGUGGAGGUUACAACACUGUGUGGCUUUCUAGAAGAUGACCAUAGAGGAUCUCCCAGAACCUUCCUUAGAAGGAGAUUCCCUCAUUGAAAGAGAAGGGUUCUUAUUCCCAAACUCUGACACACCUGUUACUUUCUCUGUUGCUGCAGCACCAAUGCCUUCAGACUGUGAGUUUUCCUUCUUCGAUCCCAAUGAUGCAGCAUGCCAAGAGAUACUUUUCAACCCUGAAACAUCAGUUUCUGAAUUGUUUGCUAUCUUAAGGCAGUGGGUUCCACAGGUCCAGCAAAAUAUUGAUAUUAUUGGGAAUGAGAUCAUUAAAAGGGGUUGCAAUGUGAAUGACAGAGAUGGACUGACUGACAUGACUCUCUUGCAUUACACUUGCAAAUCAGGGGCCCACGGUAUUGGUGAUGUUGAAACCGCUGUAAAAUUUGCAACGCAGCUUAUUGAUCUGGGUGCUGAUAGCAGUUUACGCAGCCGUUGGACAAAUAUGAAUGCCUUGCAUUAUGCUGCCUACUUUGAUGUUCCAGAACUGAUUAGUGUUAUUUUGAAAAACGCAAAGCCAAAAGAUGUGGAUGCCACCUGUAGUGAUUUUGAUUUUGGAACCGCUUUGCAUAUUGCUGCAUUUAACCUAUGUACAGGAGCUGUCAAGUGUUUACUGGAACAUGGAGCAAAUCCUGCCUUUAGGAAUGACAAAGGGCAGAUUCCAGCAGAUGUGGUUCCAGAUCCGGUAGACAUGCCACUGGAAAUGGCAGAUGCAGCAGCCAGUGCAAAAGAAAUAAAGCAGAUAUUGCUGGAUGCAGUGCCUCUCUCAUGUGACAUCUCAAAAGCCAUGAUUCCAAACUAUGAUCAUGUCACGGGCAAGGCCAUGCUUUUGUCGCUUGGCCUGAAACUGGGAGAUCGUGUUGUUAUUGCAGGACAGAAGGUUGGUACAUUAAGAUUUUGCGGGACAACGGAAUUUGCCAGUGGUCAGUGGGCUGGCAUAGAGCUGGAUGAACCAGAAGGAAAGAACAAUGGAAGCGUUGGAAAAGUCCAGUACUUCAAGUGUGCACCAAAACGCGGUAUCUUUGCACCUCUUUCUAAAAUAAGCAAGGCUUCUGAUCUCAAAAAACCCUCUGUACGAAGUUCUUCCAUGCGGUCUUCACCUUUGGUCAAAUCUAAGAAAAUAGAUGUGAGUCACAUAACUUCCAAAGUGAAUUCUGGCCUAAAUAUGGCGAAGAAAGACAGUGCUUCUGAAACCAACUCUGUGACUGCUAACAGGGGAAAAACUCUACCUGCAAAAGACGGUUUUCUUGGGUACAGCAGCUCUUCCUCUUCUACUACCUCCUUGGAAGGCAAACGGAAUUACUCCAAGAAGCGGAACUCGACUGGCAGCAAUAAAAAGGCAGUGACUAGAGUGUCUUCUGCCUCAUCUAAAAUUAGUGCUGGGUUGUAUAGUUCUCCGGCUACGAGAAAAAAUCCUUUUGAUGAAGGAGAAAUUCAUGUUGGAGACAGAGUACUGGUGGUAGGACAGAGAACAGGCACCGUUAGAUUUUGUGGAACGACAAAAUUUGCACCAGGAUUCUGGUGUGGAAUUGAAUUGGACAAGCCUCAUGGGAAGAAUGAUGGUUCCGUGGGAGGUGUUCAGUACUUCAGUUGUCUUCCCAGAUACGGUAUAUUUGCACCACCAUCUCGUGUACAGAGACUAACGGGUUCUCUGGAUUCUCUCGCAGAGACUUCAUUGAGUAAAGUAAAUCACGCUUUUCCAGGUUUUAGACGGAGUUUAAGCACCACAUCUGCAUCUUCACAAAAGGAGAUAAACAGAAGAAACUCCUUUGUUAGAUCCAAGAGCUCUGUGUUACGGCGCAGCUGGAGCAACACCAUGACACCUACCACUGAGGGACCAGUGAAGCUGCACGAAGGCUCUCAGGUGCUUCUGACCAGCUCCAAUGAAAUGGGGACAAUAAGGUACAUUGGUCCGACAGACUUUGCGCCAGGGAUAUGGCUCGGACUUGAACUCAGGAGUGCCAAGGGAAAGAAUGAUGGCUCUGUGGGGGAAAAGCGCUAUUUCACCUGUAAGCUGAACCACGGGGUCUUAGUUCGACCCAGCAGAGUAACCUAUCGUGGGAUUAACGGGGCAAAACUUGUAGAUGAUAUUUGCUGAGCCAAAAUGCGCUCAUACAUAUAAAAUAAGUAUUUUAAAGCACACAAGAACCCCAUCUAGAAGGCAAACAUUUUUAAAUUAUUAAAUAUGCAUUUGCAUUUUACAUAUAUAAGUAUAUAUAUAUGUAUGUGUGUGUAUAUAUAAUAUAUAUUUUAAUAUAUAUUAAAAAAAGAGAUAAAAGAAGUUCAAUCACAUUAAUAAGUAAAACCACUAUUCUGUUUCUCUUACUGAAACAGCCCUUGCCUGGGAAGGUUAUUGCAAUAGUAUCUUGGGUUUGAGAUGCUUAUUAUUUGAAUAAUGUUACCAGUUAGAGAAUGUGAGUAUCUCCAACCUUCUCUAAAGUUGCUUUGUGAUUCAUGCAGUAUUUAAACGAUUUUCCUCCAUGUAGUAAUGUACUGAUAAUGCUUUGCAAUUGCCUGCUUUUGACAGAGGAGGUGCUUAAUGAGUGACAUUAGUCUGGUUACCAGGCACUUUGUCAAUUCCAAUACCAGCUGCUAGUAAUAAGAAAGAAAAAAAAAAAACAAAACAACCCAAAACCUAAACCCCUUUUUCACGCAGUUGCGAAGUAUUUUUACAUUUUAUCAUUCAGAUCCCUCCUCGUCUUUCCCUCUCCUCCCCUCUGGAACGCAAAAGGGCUGAUCAGUAUUUGCGGCUAUCCUCCUGAACAGCAGCAAUUAAAUAAAAAGCCUUUUAAAAAGCACAAAUAUGCUGUAUGUCAGCCUGUAUAAUAAAAAGCACUUUUUGUGGUAUGCAUUUGUAGAAAGAGCUACAUAUAAGAAGCACUCUUUAAAAUAAUGCACUUUGCGCUCUCCUCGAGAGCUUUCCCUCAAGUUUAAACUUUUUUUGUUUGGUGUGCUGCAGGCUGUGAGUAUCACAGUUUUUAAAUGCAAAUAAUCCCAGAGCAGAACUAUACAUAAUAGCCUCAUCAUAAAUAUCAAGUCUGUAUAAAUACAGCAUGGUAAUUCCUGCCAGUGGUAUGGAUUAUAUGCAGGUUUUUCAAGCAAGCUGCUAACGUUAUUUAAUUCAUUUGUGAUACAUGUUUCUUUUAGUUUCCUUUGAAACAGUUUCUAGUAUAAAUUUUUUGUAAGAGUAAUGAUAAAACUAAGGAUAGUUUUAGGUACAGCAUUGUAACACACCUUGAUGUGACAUUACCUGCAUAUCAGCCUUUUAAAACUGCUAAUAUUUUGUCCAUGUUUUAAACAUAUAAUGUAUUUUAAUUGCUUAGCAUAUGUAAACAUUAUCAGGAUGGUUUUGUGUUCCAGAACAAUAAUUUUAUUCUUAAAUGAUCUGCUUGCUCUCUUACCUACUUGAAGAAGUGACACUUUAAAUUACAUCUUAAUAUCCUAUUUUUAGACAGAAUUCUGCUGCUGUUACCUUCUUUUAAAUAUUGCUGUAGCUAUUUUUCCUGAGCUGUAUUUAAAAUAAUGCAUAUUGUAUUCUAAUGUACUUAUGGGAAUUUUUAAUUGAAUAUAAAAGCUGUAAAUUUUGAAUGUAAAAAAAAUAUGGAUGCUUUAUAUUUGAAGAUGCAGAUACUCAGUGAUGUACUGAACUUUACUUUGUCCAAUAUCUAUUUCUUGCUGGUAUUAGUAAAAUGAAACCCUGGUGAACAAUAUGGCAAAAAGAACUUUCAUUAGGUCAUUACAGAACAUACAUCCUCUCACUUCUGUUCUCACGUACACAUUAGGUGACCAGGAUGCAGUAUGUAUCAGCAACUGUAGAAUAUAAACCAGCAGUGUUUAUAUCUUCUAGCUAUUCGGUACUGCACUGCCUGUUGCCAAGCGAAGCGUUUGUACAGCACGUUUCACUGGUUUGUCCCAGCCUUGUGCUCCUGGGUGGGCAGUUUAGUUCCUGUGAUGAAACACUCAUUAUCAGAAAUGCUGUUUUUUCCUGCCUGGCAAGAUGGAAUGGAUGUAACUGCUUCAUCUGAUGGGGAGCUGGAGGUACGCAGGGGAGUAAGUGUGUGGGAAGGCAGCAAUCUCAGGCAGUUUGUUAUAGUCACACCAUUUCUGUGUGGCCUGUCUUACAGAGAUGAAAGAAUACAUGAGAAUAACUUCUUUCCAAGAGUUUUCUGAUGCACUGAAAUUCUUUUUUUUUUCACCAAAGGGGUCAGGCUGCCCCUUCCACAGCUCUGUAGCUACACCUAGUUCAGCUGGAAGGGGGGUCUCUGGCCUGGCAAAGGCCUAGCAAAGCCUUCAAGACUUCACUGAAUCCUGUCUGAGGGGUAGAGGGCAUAGGUACUGUUGGAGCAGUGCUGGAGUGUGCUUGCCCUUCAGUUUCAGCUUCAGCCAGCUGCACACUUCUCCUGAAGGCUCUGGCCUUCAGCCAGAACACUGUAGGUUAGAGGAGCAAGUCAGGACUGUUAUUAGUAUGGAGCUGUUUUGAUAGUGCUAAGAAUGUUCUGCGAGGAAGCAUGAAGCACCAUAAAUUUAUGCAGCCUGACACAGAAAUAAAUCAGUCCCUCCAUUCGACAAGGGAUUACUGAUGGCUGUCUUCAAGUUGGUGAUGUGAAGAGAUUUGUGCUUCCCUAAAUCCAAGGUAAGUUGCCAUAAUCCUUUUCUCUCAACUCUUGCAGGAGGACACUUCAUGUCAUUAAAAAAAAAAAAAUCUGAAAAUAACUGGCAGUGAAGUUUGAAAUUAGGUGUUUUGCUGAGGUGUGUAUGAUCACAGCCCCAGACUCAUUAGAAAAAAGACAAAUGAUCCCCAAAGUUCCUAUAAACCGUAUAAAUAAAAUAUCUGUUUUAUAAAUAAAUAAAGAGAUGCUACCCAGCAA